GUUUAGCUCUGUUAUUGUCAAGAGUGCGGUUUUCAAGUGCUAAAAAGAUGUUUUUUGAUUCUUUAAAUUAUCAUCCCUUGCCUGAACCUUUGGAGGCAACAUCUGAUGGACGAGCGGGUUUCGUGCAUCCAAAGAAUUUGGAUCACUUUAAAUAUCGAGGCAAUAAAAAAGGCCUAUUGAAGCAGGAUGAACCCGCAAAUAAUAGAUUUGGAACGUCCAUCUUCAAAAACCACAUUAAUGCUGCGUGUAAACAAGCAAUAGAAAAGCUUCGGCCAUUUUACGAGAUUUCGUGCGAUCGCUUUAACAGUGAGCGAUUGGUUGAAGAUCUGGAAGAGUAUGAAUUUAAUGAUGAUAUUAUGGGUCGUGCAACAAACAUCAGAAUCAAUGAAGGCUUCAGCAAGCACGAAGGAUGCAUAGAAAAUUCUAACAUCAUUGGAUAUAAUGUUGGGUGUGCUGAUAAUAAGAGAAAAACAUUAAAUAAAGCCGGAUCUUUUCUCAAGGCCGUAUGGAAGCCAGUAAAGAGAUCAGCACAGAAGUUAUUGAGAAGCGUGAAAAAUGGAGAGACUGAAUACAUUCAGUUUCAUUAAUGAUCUCUUUCUAUACAUCAUUGAGUCAAGUGUACAUCUACUUGAUUUAAUCCGAGUACGUCUCGGGUAAGAAUAUAAUCAGAAUAUUUUUGUAUUUUACACUUAACACUUACAAAAUUAUCUACUCUACACUUAUAAAUUCAACCCCAUUUCAAU